AUAUAGAGUACGCCAGACAUACACAAUCCUUGGUAUAUCUUCAGUACUGCACUAAUUUUUUUGGGUGCAUUCAAUACACUCACCUCAUAAUCGUCAUUUUAAGGAGGCGAUUUAUGUGAAAACGAUAUCAAUCAUCACUUAUAGUAUGGUGGACAAGAAAACACAUGAAUUUGUCCAAAAAUCAUUACAUGAUUUACUUUAAUUUGAAUGAUAUAUGUUUUAGGAUUGGGGUUCAAAAUUGAAAUUUAAAGGGUUAGAAUAAUGGAUUGAUUAGUUGUGAUUCUAUUUUAUAUCAACAUAAUAUAAUAGAUUAAUGCUCCAAGUUCAAAAUUUGAUAUAUAUUAACAAAGUUGGAUACAUUUAAUAAAAAAAAUGAGUGCACCAAAGCUAGUCAUCCCGCUAUAAUAUAGCCAUGCUUUCAUAGUAGAUGUAUUGAUGGUAUCCACAAGUUUCUUAUCUUCUACAAUAUAUAUAAAGGCAAAACAUGGGUUGAAAUUCUCCCAUUUCAAAUUUCGUGGCCUGAGAGUGAUUUUAGGAAGGUCAUUUUUGUCAUUGCACACAGUUCAUCUAUGUAUAGAAAAAAUGUCUUUAUUAGGGUUUGAACCUUGGUCACUUAAAUGAGAAAGAGCAUUAUAACCAACUAUGCUACAUUGUCUUAUUGUUAUUUGUUUUAUGGGUAAAUACAAUAUAUAAGCCACUACUAUUAUGAAGCGAGGAAUUAAAGCAACAACUAUGAAAGUUCAAAUGAUUAGCCAUAACUAUUGUUGCGGUUCAAGAUAUGGCUAACUGUCCGUUACUGUUAUUGAAUUUUUAACGGAGAAGGCCACAUCAUCGGCUACGGCAGCAACCACGUCGGACUACUUUUAAUUUAUAACUUUAAAACAUAAAAGUUUAGUUAGUAUUACUAACGAAAUUAUUAACAGAUAUUUAACGUUUGGCUAAUAAUUUGAAUUUCCAUAGUUGUGGCUAUAAUUCUCCUCUUCAUAAUAGUUGUGGCUAAUAUAUUGUAUUUACCCUUCUUUGAUUAAACUCUAGAAAUAUGUUUGGUGAUUAUGCUUCUAUAUUUAUAUUUUAUCUUAAGUUAUUUAUAUUUUGUAGAACGAUAUUAGUUCUGAAAUCGGAACUCAAGUAACAUUGAUUCAAACAAUAAUAUUAAAUUGUAUGUGUAGUUUAGUUUAGAUAAAUCACAGAAGUGUAACCAAUACAUGGGCCUUUAUGACGAGUAUUUUCAUUUUUUAAGUCAAAUAUACACAUAAUAUAAUGACAAAAUUGGAAAAUAAGAGUCUCAUUUCAAAUUUUGUGGCCUUAGAGUGAUCCUAGGAAGCUUUUUUCGUCAUUGCGCCCAAUUUAUCUUUAUAUUAUGUUAGAUUGUCACAAAAACUUACUAUAUUUGUCACAAGGGUCCAUGUUUUAGCUACACGUAUGUAUUUGUCUAAACAGAAUCAUACAUACAAUUUAAUGUUUAAUGUUUCAAUCAAUAUUACUUGAGUUCCGAUUUCACAAUUAAUUAUUUUCUAUAAGAUACAAUAAUCUCAGGUAAAAUGCCUUUCGUAUUUGGUUGAAGAAACUCUUUCUAUAAGAUACAUUUAAUCACAAGCAAACAAGCGGGUAGUAAGGGACCAGUGAUUCCAAGUUCUGCAGCUAUGGGUACAUUUGAACAUAUUUUUCUGUUAUGUGCAACCAUCCUUUAUCUCAUCUCAGAAUGUGCACAGUAAGAUAGGAAGUGAACUACAUCUGGAUUAUCAAUUUUCAUGCUCUACAUAUGCCUCGUGCAGAAGAGCAACAUGGAGCUCCAAGUGCUUCGAUUAGUGAAAUUUUAAGCAAGUUGAAUCUCUUCAAGCAUUUCGAUAUCGUUGAAGACCAUUCAGACCAUCACUACAAGUCUUCUUCAUCAAAACAGGUGUCUGUAUGUAAAUUUUUACUUCUUUGGUUCUUUGAGAACAGUUCAAAUUGAUUGUUUUCUGGCAAAAAUGAGUGAACCUGGAUCCAACACAAUUAUGAUCUGCCAAAAGGGGGAGGGACCAAAAGCCAUUAAUCUUCGUUCCGAGUCUAGUUUCCAAUUCUAUGAAAACCUGGCCUUGCUAUUUAAUAACUUUUGAAGUUAGUAUGAUCAAUUCCUCUUUUCUUCUGCCAGACUGAGAAGAAGUGGGCCAAAAGAAUUCAAGACGAAUUGAAAAUUCUGGAGAAAGAUUUUACCAGGUAUGAUAUGUACCCAUGUUAUUCUUUGAGCAUCCAAGAACUGACUACGGAGUUUCUUCUUUUGAUAACCAAUUGGUUUAAGUACUGUUUCUUUUCCCUGUUCGCCGAUGCAAGAGCUGUUCGCCGAUGCUUAAGAACUCCUUACCUGCAUACGUGGACAUGCUCGAGAAAGCGUUUGCCGAACUUGGAGUGAAGAACCAAUGAAGGGAGGGUGAGGGAUCAGUACUCUUUUUUAACCUUCUGAUAAAUUUUGAGGCUGCAAUGUAGCACAAACCUUUGGCCAGUGAAGAGAGUUCGCUCAAAUUUUGUGGCGAUGGAAAAGCCUAAUUAGCAAUCAAGCAAGUGUCAUUGGGAUGCCUAGUGAAGAAAAAUAGAGACAACUUUUGAUACCUUUCUUUUUCUUUUUGGGAGGGAAUUGUAUAUUGGUGUAGAGAUGUCUUAUUGCACUCUAAACUUUUGAAAUAAUAUUAAAAUCAAUUAACUUCACGUUUGAGCUAGUUUCAUCCGAGUAAAGAUUUUAUUUUUGUGACAUUGAACCAUUUGAACUCUCGAAACCGAAUCAGGUCAUAUUUUACGUAUCUACACUAAUUUAAACCAUUUUAGUGUGAAUCAGGACUGAAAAAGUUGGACCAGAUUGGAUUGGACUAAAUUGGAUUGAAUACACUUUUUUUAAUCUGAUUUUAAGUCUUUUAUUGUACGACUCGGUCCAUCGGUUUGGACAUAACCAGAAGUCACAAUUAGUGACCAAGCAGCCGUGGUAAGGAGAACAGAAGAUCGCUAGAUCCAACUCGGGUCCUAACUUCUACCCAUAAUAAAUUUUGCUGCUACUUUUGCCCCGGCGGCGAUUGCUCUCUUCCGGCCGGUGCUGCCACUGUCGUUGCUUCAGUUUACUCUGUUCGUAGUCUUUCGUGGAGGUGGCCGCUUAAUUCCUUGCUGGGUCUCGAUAAAUUUCUCCGUCUCCAAAAUUCUCCGUUACUCUAAUCUCAGGUACUUUGGCCGCCGUCAAAGCAUCCGUGUUUUGAUGCUGAAGCUGUAUCUCUGUUUGAUUGAUGAAUGAAGUGAAUUUAGCUGAUUAGGGUUUUGGGUUCUGUUGUUUGGUUUGCUUCAUGUCUAUUCAUGUCCAAUCCUCAAAGCUAAGAAAAUUCCAGAUCGGGAUUCUAAACAAAUGUAUAUGAUCUGGAAUGAUCUUAUAUCAGUGAAGCUUGGCAUGUUACCCGCCAAAAAAACUUAUGGUAGUCUUGGUGCAUUGUAGGUAGCAGUCCUUCGAUGCAGAUGGACUCUGCUACUGAGGUUCGAACAACGAAUUCCCCUGGAUUGAUUAUCAAGAACACUGAUUCAAUUCGAUUGUUUCUCCGUUCUGCGUCCAAUGAGAGGCACCUUCCUCCGGAGCUAAAAGAUGCUGCAUCCAGGUUGUUGUCACAGGACAAUGUGCACUAUGCAUCUCUCCGAAGUAUAUGGACGGGAUCUCAGCCCUCUAGCCGUCCAGAGUUGAUGCUUCUCUUAUCAGGAGCUGAAUUCGUCUUCCCCACCCCCAAACCAAGAGAAAAGGGAAAAGAACUAAAGGCGAGAUUGAGAAAACUUGAGGAACUGGCUGAGAGAAAUGCCUAUCAGGAGCUAGUCAAGGAUAUCACUCCGAGCAAGGAAACAACUGAACCCUUCUCUUCUUACAAGGAUCAGCUCGGCUUUGGUCUGCAUGUUGGUCUCACCAUGUUCACUGGAUAUUUAGUUGGGUAUGCAGCAUUCAGAGCAUUGUUUGGCCACAGUCCUGCCAUGAGCGCUGCUGGCGGAAUUCUGGGAUUGGUGGGCGCGAUGCUUUUGGAAACACUCCUUUUCAUUAUUAGAACAUCUGAUCCGGCUCCCAAAUCAAACAGAACCAAGCUAAAGAAGCCAUAGACUGGUACUUCAAUUACGUUUUUAGAUUUCCAUGAUUCUUCAUGGACUUGAUUCAAAACCCACGCCAUUGAGAAACUGCUAGAAUUUUCAUCGGACUGUUGAAUGCAUGCCAUUUCAUAUCACUCUGGCUUGUAGUACCAUCUCAACGGCAAUGGUUUUCUGAGUGUUUGGCUUCAGCAUAGGGAAGUAGCAGUAAGAAAAAGUGCUGCCUUGCAGCUUCAGCUAUGAACUGGCAUUCCCGGUUGCAGUUUGGAGCUCUAAUUGCAGGCAGAAAGCGAGUUGCCUCGAUCGACUCUGUGCAUGUACAAGGUUAAUGGUUGUAGCGUUGUAGUUCCUGUAGAUAUUACGCAUGGUGAUCGAAACCGCAGUUGAUUUUACUGGGGAAAUGCGGUACCCAUAGAACUCAGAAGCCAUUUUAUUUGGGAAAAUGUGUAGGUUUUCUCAUAAACUCCACAACAGAUGUAAUAAUUUUGAUACGAGUUUGGUAUAUUAAGUAUCUAUAUCGAAACCACUUGAUUAUAUUUUUUUUUCGCAUUGAGGGGAGGCCGAAGCCAAGAAACAGAGGGGGAGAUUACAGGGGGUUACAAGGAAGAAGAAGGUCGAGUAACGACUCGACGCUUAAAGGUUGUUCCCAUGAUAUCAUCCCUAAGAAUCGGUCGUAGUCCGGUGGGAGGGUCUGCAAGUUCAUGUAUACCGUAGGGAUAGACGAGACUGUACUUCGAGAGCAGUCCGCGGCUCUGUUCCCUUCUCAGUGCGUGAACAAUGCGUAUCAUCCAAUCAUAGUUCAACUUCCUGCGAAUGACAGAGAGGAGAGUAGCAUAAGGAUGAAUCGGAUCCAACCUGCUCUGAAUCAACUGGAUGGCUGCCUAACAGGGAGUCUGACUCAAUAGUGAGAAUCCGUUGUCCUGACUUCCAUGCCAGCUCAAGCCCAUAGUUAAAAGCCCAUAGCUCGGCAAAAGCAGCAGUAGCUUCUCCAAUAUUUGCCACGAAUCCCCCUUGCCAUUUCCCAGUUGAGUCUCGAAUGAUGCCUCCUGCCCCAGCUUGCUCCGGAUUGCCAUUAGAGGCCUCAUCAAUGUUUAGAGUAACCCAUCCCUCCUGAGGAGGAGUCCAACCAAUACUUGCCAUAGUCCUCUCCACUUAGGGGUGGGCAAACGGUUCGGUAAAUCCGAGCCGAACCGAACCAAAACUGAAUUAAACCGAACUGAAACUGAAAUAAUGCUAUUCGGUUCGG